AUGAUGGACUUAAACAUAGUCGUCAUGUUUAAGCUAUGGAGCUUCUGUUUCCUCCUCGUCUUCUGUCGUGGCGCAUAUGGAGACCUGAGCUAUUCUUUUCAAGAGGAGAUGAAACGAGGAUCGGUCAUUGGAAAUCUAGCUAAGGAUCUGGGGCUGCAGACGGGCGCUCUCUCUAACAGAAGAGCCCGAAUUGACACGGAAGGGACUGAUACACGGUACUGUGACAUAAACCUGAAUAACGGAGAACUGAUUGUUGCAGACAGGAUCGACCGAGAGGGGCUUUGUGGUGAAAAGGCGUCAUGUAUCUUAAAACAGGAGCUCGUGCUGGAGAAUCCUCUCGAGCUCCACCGUAUUACUCUACAUAUUCAAGAUAUCAAUGAUAACUCUCCACAAUUCAAAGAUGAUUCCUUCAAUAUUGAAAUUCGAGAGUCAGCAGAUAGAGGAGCUCGUUUUGUGAUAGAGGAGGCUCACGAUGCGGAUGUAGGACAAAACUCGGUUCAGCAGUACAGCCUUAUGAAGAAUGACAAUUUCAUUUUAGCUUCUAAUGGAAACACCAUCGAGCUUGUUCUUGAUAAAGAGCUUGAUCGAGAGAAACAAAAAGAGCUCAAUUUGCUCCUCUCGGCUUUAGAUGGAGGCUCUCCUCAGAGAUCAGGUACAGUAGUCAUUCACGUCACUGUACUGGAUGCUAAUGAUAACGCCCCAGUGUUCAGUCAGGCUGUUUAUAAAGCCAGUCUGCCUGAAAACUCUCCUGUAGAUACUGUAGUGGUCAGAGUGAGUGCUACUGAUGCAGAUGAGGGAGUCAAUGGAGAUGUUUCAUAUGAGUUUGGACAUGUAAGUGAAGAUGUGAAGAAGCUUUUUAGUAUUGACCGUAAACUCGGUGAGAUAAGAGUAAUCGGUGCAGUUGACUAUGAAAGCACCUCAUCGUUUGAAAUACGCAUCCAAGCUAAAGAUGGGUUAGGGCUCUCAUCUUAUACUAAGGUUAUAAUUUCUAUCACUGAUAUGAAUGACAACGCACCUGUAGUCAGUGUGAAGUCACUGAUGAACCCCAUACCUGAGGACACAACACCUGGUACAGAGGUGGGCAUCAUUAACGUGCAGGACAGAGACUCUGAUAGUAACAGACAGGUCCGCUGCUCCAUUCAGCAAAAUGUCCCUUUUAAGUUGGUUCCUUCUAUUAAAAACUAUUAUUCUCUGGUGAGCACAGGACAACUGGACCGUGAACUAGUGUCUGAUUACAACAUUACAAUCAGUGCCACUGACGAGGGCUCUCCACCUCUGUCGUCGUCUAAAACUGUUCAGUUAUCUGUAGCAGACAUCAACGACAACCCACCUGUGUUUGAGGAGCAGUCGUACAGCGCAUAUGUGAGUGAGAAUAACAAAGCUGGCUCCACUUUAUGUUCCGUGAGUGCUCGAGACCCCGACUGGAGACAGAACGGUACAGUGAUUUAUUCUCUGUUAGGCGGUGAGGUGAACGGUGCCCCGGUGUCCUCCUAUGUGUCGGUGAACGGAGACACGGGGGUGAUCCACGCUGUGAGGUCGUUUGAUUAUGAACAGUUCCGGAGCUUCAAAGUUCAGGUGAUGGCCAGAGACAACGGUUCUCCUCCUCUCAGCAGCAACGUGACAGUGAGUGUGUUCAUAUCAGAUGUGAAUGACAACUCUCCUCAGAUCCUGUACCCCGGACCAGAGGGCAAGUCGUUCAUGACCGAGCUGGUCCCCAAAGCUGCACACGGAGGCUCUCUGGUGUCCAAAGUGAUAGCGGUGGACGCGGACUCUGGACAGAACGCCUGGCUGUCGUAUCAAAUAGUGAAAUCCACUGAUCCGGGACUUUUCACUAUUGGUGUCCACAGUGGAGAGAUCAGGACCCAGCGGGACAUUUCUGAAUCUGACAGCAUGAAACAGAACCUUGUAGUGUCAGUGAAAGAUAACGGGCAGCCCUCUCUGUCUGCCACCUGUUCCAUGUAUUUACUGAUUUCUGAUAAUUUGGCUGAGGUGCCAGAACUGAAGGACAUUUCUUAUGAUGAGAAGAACUCCAAACUGACCUCUUAUCUGAUCAUCGCGCUGGUGUGUGUGUCAACGUUUUUUCUGACCUUCAUCAUCAUCAUCCUUGGUGUGAGGUUUUGUCGCAGGAGAAAGCCCAGACUGUUGUUUGACGGAGCAGUGGCCAUCCCAAGCGCGUAUCUCCCUCCUAAUUACGCAGAUGUUGACGGCACAGGAACUUUACGCAGCGCUUACAAUUAUGACGCCUACCUGACAACAGGGUCUCGAACCAGUGACUUUAAGUUUGUGUCAUCGUACAAUGACAACACACUGCCAGCUGACCAGACUCUGAGGAAAAGUCCAUCAGACUUUGCAGAAGUGUUUGGAGACUGUGACGACUAUCCUGAGGUAGGAGCAUCGACUACAUACAUUCUCUCUUCUUGAGCUUUCAUAAUCUGGUCUGUUUUGGAAUAGAUGAUACAAUCCUCUUGUGAGGAUACCCUUGGAAAGCGUUGCUGAGUUUAAGUAACUUCAAGUACUUUAUCUCUAGUUAUAAAACCAAAUAUUUUGUGUCUGAGCUGGUGAAAUAUUUGCUUGUGGUACUUUACUUUUGAGACUGAUAUACAAAAGGCUCCAGUCAUGUGAGUAUUUGUAGUUCCAAUUGCUCAUCUGAGUUUUGGUGUGUUUAUCAAUCAAAAGCCAUGUUGUUUUGCUGCAGACAUUGUUUUUCAAUGUUUUUUUUCACGUUAUACCAGUUUAGAUGAAUUCUGGGAGAUUUGUGUUUAUCUACUUCGCUUUUUGGUUGCUUUGCUUUUGAAAGGAUUUACCAAGCAUGAGGCUUUGGGCUGUGUGCAAGGAUCUCAGAUAAUCUUCCUUACUUGUUUUUAAACCUUUUGCUUGAAAUAGUGCCUGAAUGUGUAACUCCCUCUUUCUUAUAGCAUCUAUUUUACCUAACAAUUGAUCUCUUUUUGGACUCUGCUUUGUGUCUUACUGGUAUUUUAGAGCAAACCAAUGAUAGGGUCAGUUUUCUCUUUUUGUCCUUUUUGACAAUAUUUCCCUGCAGUGGUGGUUGUCUUGUUUUGUCUUGUUUUGAGUGGUUAUGAAUUUAUUUUUGUUGUCUCUGUCCUUGGUGCUGAACCUCCAUUUUGCUUUCUUGGUGCCCCCUUUUUUAGCCAUCAUUUCAUUUUGUUGUGUUAAUUUUGCAUUCUUGUUUUGAUAACUAUCCCAUUGAGUUCCAGUUAUCCAAACUGAAGUUUUACAGUUGUGCAGUGAUAAACUGAACUGUCAACAUAGAUCCAGAUAAACUUACUGACUGCUUUUUCCUCUCCCUUUGCAAUGCUAUUACACACAAGAUAUAAUACCAGACUCACUACUAGAAUAAAGUGUUCAGAGGUGUUCCAUUGUAUUGCUGCUGUAUUGAUGCAGAUUGUCAUACAACUGAAGAAAAAUAGGGUUGCUGAUAUGAUGCUUGUCUCUAUGGAGUAUUCUGUUGUCAAUCAAAAUUGAAAAUCCCUUAUCAAGUGAUACUGGUCAAUUAGGUUUUAGAUUGCUAUCUUUUCAUUUCAUUCUUCUUAUUAUUGGUUCACAUUGAGGCUUCAGUUUGAAACUUUGCUGAGUUGAGGUGUGUCAGUUCUAAAUUGCUUUGACCUGAAUCUGCUGGUUGUUUGUUCCCUUUUUUCCCUAAAAUGAUUUACAAUAUAGCAGAGAGAAAUUAUUUCAUGAAAAUAUAACAUCAAAUCUGCAUCAGUUAUCAUGUUAGCAUCACACGGUGUACAGUAUCUUGAAGUUUCAUACGUUUUUCCAGCUACCACUUAGUGAUCUUCUUUGAUGAAUAAUGCCAGUCAUGCAAUUACACAGUAACUGUAGAAGAUGUUUCAGCCUCAUUUACUCAUUUACAAUGAUUGACCUUGAUAUAACUUCACUGACAAAAACUGGUCCUUGUACAUGAUCUAUAGACAUAACUUCUUCUGGUACUUAGCAGAGUAGAGUGUUUUAUCCAAGUCUGGAGUUGAAUAGCAAAAUCUAUAUAGACUUUAAGUAACCGCUCAUAUCCCACUGGUAUAUGGCAUGGCCUUAAGUUUUUUCAAACCAUAAUUAUUAGAAAUAUUUUUGGAAUGAAUUUUGCCACUGUAGCCAUGUUUGUUUGAGCUGUUCUGUGCUUAUUAUAUGACCUGACCACUUCUUACGCGUAUGUGUUUUAGGAGUAAGUUUAAAGAAAAGAUCAAACUAGGCCUCUCUUUUGAAUUAUAAUCAACCUCUGUGUGCAAGUGAGCUUCUAGGUCUUAAUCUGUUUUGUCUGUCCAGGUUGGUUCUUAAUGGAAUCUAUUGCAGCAUGGUACACAGUACUGUAUCUGUGUUUUGAAUCUCUGAAAUGUGAGUUUGUCGACUUUGACGUUGCACAUUUAUAUGCAGUAGUUCAGUAGUUGUCGGAAUUGAAUAUGUCUUUCAAGCUACUUUUCUGGUCUCUUAAAUUUUGCUUGAAGUCUCUUCUUCAUUUUGGCCAUUUUUUUUUCUUUUUUUUUUUUUUUGGUAAAAUGCAGUGAUCAUAUAUUUUUUUCAUCUUCGACAAAUUUAACAAAUGAUCCUUACAAAUAGUUAAAAUGACUCCAGUCCUAUGGGAAAUUAUGAAAUAUAUGAUACAACUUUGAACUGACUUUUUAACAACGACCAAUUAGGGACAAAGACAGCUCUCAUUUCACCCAGAAACUCAUUUUAUUAGACCUUCAUUCAUGUUCACCUAUAUUUAAGUAUCAAAUCAAGUUUGAUAGACUUGUGACAACAGCUUGUGGUAAAACAGAGACAUCUCACUUCUUUGUUAUGCAGAUACUUUCUUGAUCCCACAUGAUGACAAGAGUGUAACCCUCACAUACUGUUUGGGUCAAAUUUGACCUGUUUUGACUUUUAACAGCAGUAAAAAUACCCUAAACGUCAUUCUUUUAGCCUGAAACUUGAUGACUUUUCCUGGAAUGGCCCAAAAUACAUAAAAUUAAUUUAAAAAUAUUCAUGUGUAUUUUUGUUUAUGUGCUACACAUUUUUCCCCUCUGAGGCUGUUUCGGGUCAAAUUUGACCCGUAUCUAUUUAGAUGGAUUUUAGAUCUACCAGUGCGGGACAAGUGACAAGCAGUAACAACAGUGUUCAAUUAAGCUUUGUUCAAAAAUAUAUUUAAAUCAUUAUGAAACUAUUAAAACCUUGACAGAAACACACACACACGCACAGAGACAUGCAGUCACACAGACACACCUAGGCAGCGGUCAAGAUGACCUAACCAGUCACAAGAACCUUCUGUGACAGACAGCUGCUCUUUGAACUCUUUGAAGGGGCAGGGGGAAUCUAAAGUAUAGAAAAAGUAAACAAACAACACAAGAGUGAUCAAAGAUAGAGUACAAAGGGAUCAGAAGUCAUCCAGAGGUCGGAGUGUGCCUUGACACAGUCAUAACAUGUGCACCUGCUCCUGCAAUAUAAUGUACAAAGUAACAAAUUAGAAUCUGUUUUGAUUGGGAGGGAGGCGGUGGGAGUCAUAACACUAUGAGGGUAGAGAGAGCUGCCAUUUCAGCCACUGUAAAGUAUCCUACCUUUGCUUUGAAUGCAGAGACUAGCAGUGAGGACAGUGUUCAAUAUGAAGUUUGUUGUUCAACAAAAUACAUUAAAAUCGAUAGAUAUUCUUCUCCAAAAUAUAUAUUUCACCAAAAAUUAGUGGUGUUAAAACAGAAAAAAUACACUUUCCCUGCUCUUUAAAACAUUUAGGAAGGACUUAUCAAUCAUUUUUUGAAGUAGCAUAUUGUCAUUUAAACAUUAUGAAUAAGUUUGGGGUUAGAACUUUGGUGAAAAUACUUGCUAUAUGGGCAAUUCUUGGGCUGGGUCAAUUUUGACCUUGAAAAUACUGUGAGGGUACAGGAUUUGAACAGUAUACGAUACCAAGAUUCCCACAAUCUUAUGAUAUGAUGGCGAAAGUGAUGAUAUUAAUUGUAAAAUGCUCAGAUCUAAUGUUUUCUAUCUUGCAAUCAUAUUUGUGCUACAGUAUGUUCUGAUGACAUCUUCACAUGAAGGAAGAAAGCAUUUAAAGUCAUAAAUCUAAAUGUUUCUGUGCCAACAGUAUAAACCCUGCCAGACAAAUUAUUAGAACAGUAGAAGUAUUGGACUAUAGCUCGGCAGUGAUUUGUGUUUUAUAAACCAGAAUACAGGAAAAUAAGACUGAAAAAGUGUGUGCUUGUAUCAGAUAAAUUUCUUUGAUAACAGGAGGAAUGAGCAAAUCAAAAUCUCUUUCUAAUGCAUUAUCAGAUUACAUCAUCUGAUCACCACUAUUAUUGAAAGUUGUACACAUAUAUGGUAACCAUUAAUACAUCUAGAUUUAAGUGAAACUGCCAUCUGACCUUGGUGUCUGGAUUCAUUUAGCUAACUACAGAUAUGUAGCAUACUUAUCGAACUUGGUUACCUGAUUUUGGUCUGUCUGUGAUCCGUUGCUUUUUUCUUGCUGAAAUAAUGUUUCGCUUGUAUUUGUGGAGGAAUGUGAACGCUGACUUUGUUGGUUUUUUAACAGUGUUACAUUAAAAUCGGACUCACGGUGUCGCUCUACACCAGCCGUAGAAACUGGUCAAUUCUUUCUUUUGUGGACAGUCGUUCUUGCACGCCCAUUGCGUCCAAAGGCACCCUUGUACGCUAAGGUGUUGUGGAUAAUUGUGCUGUGGGAUCUUUGUCGUCUAAAAAUCGUGUCUGAUGGUGGAUAUACACAUAGUCGUCAUGUUUAAGCUGUGGAGCUUCUGUUUCCUCCUCGUCUUUUAUCGUGGCGCAUAUGGAGACCUGAGCUAUUCUUUUCCAGAGGAGAUGAAACGAGGAUCGGUCAUUGGAAAUCUAGCUAAGGAUCUGGGGCUGCAGACGGGCGCUCUCUCUAACAGAAGAGCCCGCAUUGACACGGACGGGACUGAUACACGGUACUGUGACAUAAACCUGAAUAACGGAGAACUGAUUGUUGCAGACAGGAUCGACCGAGAGGGGCUUUGUAGUGAAAAGGCGUCAUGUAUCUUAAAACAGGAGCUCGUGCUGGAGAAUCCUCUCGAGCUCCAUCGUAUUACUCUACAUAUUCAAGAUAUUAACGAUAACACUCCACAGUUUGACGAUGAGUUAAUUAACAUCGAAAUUCACGAGUCAGCGGACCGAGGAGCUCGUUUUGUGAUAGAGGAGGCUCACGAUGCGGAUGUAGGACAAAACUCGGUUCAGCAGUACAGCCUUAAGAAGAAUGAAAAUUUCAUUUUAGCUUCAAAUGGAAACACCAUCGAGCUUGUUCUCGAUAAAGAGCUUGACCGAGAGAAACAAAAAGAGCUCAAUUUGCUCCUCUCGGCUUUAGAUGGAGGCUCUCCUCAGAGAUCAGGUACAGUAGUCAUUCACGUCACUGUACUGGAUGCUAAUGAUAACGCCCCAGUGUUCAGUCAGGCCGUUUAUAAAGCCAGUCUGCCUGAAAACUCUCCUGUAGAUACUGUAGUGGUCACAGUGAGUGCUACUGAUGCAGACGAGGGAGUCAAUGGAGAUGUUACAUAUGACUUUGGACAUGCGACUGAAGAUUUAAGAAAACUAUUUACCAUUGACCGUAAACUCGGUGAGAUAAAGGUGAUUGGUUCUGUUGACUAUGAAACCACAUCAUCCUUUGAAAUACGCGUUAAAGCUAAAGAUGGGUUAGGGCUCUCAUCUUAUGCUAAAGUAAUAAUUUCGAUCACUGAUGUGAAUGACAACGCCCCUGUAGUCAGUUUAAAAUCACUGAUGAACCCCAUACCUGAGGACACAACACCUGGUACAGAGGUGGGCAUCAUUAACGUGCAGGACAGAGACUCUGAUAGUAACAGACAGGUCCGCUGCUCCAUUCAGCAAAAUGUCCCCUUUAAGUUGGUUCCUUCUAUUAAAAACUAUUAUUCUCUGGUGAGCACAGGACAACUGGACCGUGAACUAGUGUCUGAUUACAACAUUACAAUCAGUGCCACUGACGAGGGCUCUCCACCUCUGUCGUCGUCUAAAACUGUUCAGUUAUCUGUAGCAGACAUCAACGACAACCCACCUGUGUUUGAGGAGCAGUCGUACAGCGCAUAUGUGAGUGAGAAUAACAAAGCUGGCUCCACUUUAUGUUCCGUUAGUGCUCGAGACCCCGACUGGAGACAGAACGGUACAGUGAUUUAUUCUCUGUUAGGCGGUGAGGUGAACGGUGCCCCGGUGUCCUCCUAUGUGUCGGUGAACGGAGACACGGGGGUGAUCCACGCUGUGAGGUCGUUUGAUUAUGAACAGUUCCGGAGCUUCAAAGUUCAGGUGAUGGCCAGAGACAACGGUUCUCCUCCUCUCAGCAGCAACGUGACCGUGAGUGUGUUCAUAUCAGAUGUGAAUGACAACUCUCCUUAGAUCCUGUACCCCGGGCCAGAGGGCAAGUCGUUCAUGACCGAGCUGGUCCCCAAAGCUGCACACGGAGGCUCUCUGGUGUCCAAAGUGAUAGCGGUGGACGCGGACUCUGGACAGAACGCCUGGCUGUCGUAUCAAAUAGUGAAAUCCACUGAUCCGGGACUUUUCACUAUUGGUGUCCACAGUGGAGAGAUCAGGACCCAGCGGGACAUUUCCGAAUCUGACAGCAUGAAACAGAACCUUUUAGUGUCAGUGAAAGAUAACGGGCAGCCCUCUCUGUCUGCCACCUGUUCCAUGUAUUUACUGAUUUCUGAUAACUUGGCUGAGGUGCCAGAACUAAAGGACAUUUCUUAUGAUGAGAAGAACUCCAAACUGACCUCUUAUCUGAUCAUCGCGCUGGUGUGUGUGUCGACGUUUUUUCUGACCUUCAUCAUCAUCAUCCUUGGUGUGAGGUUUUGUCGCAGGAGAAAGCCCAGACUGUUGUUUGACGGAGCAGUGGCCAUCCCCAGCGCCUAUCUCCCUCCUAAUUACGCAGAUGUUGACGGCACAGGAACUUUACGCAGCGCUUACAAUUAUGACGCCUACCUGACAACAGGGUCUCGAACCAGUGACUUUAAGUUUGUGUCAUCGUACAAUGACAACACACUGCCAGCUGACCAGACUCUGAGGAAAAGUCCAUCAGACUUUGCAGAAGUGUUUGGAGAUUGCGAUGACUCUCCUGAGGUAGGAACAUGUGCUUUUCAUGCCUGA